GUUUAGGUUGCUGAAAUAAACAGGAAUUUUGUAUACCACUACACGACUGCAGUGACUUCCUGGUAUAUAGUGUCAUUACCUUGUAUAAGAGAAUUCAGUCCAAAAUUAGUUCAGGUACGCGUACACUUGGGUACACUCCCAGUCAGGCCCAGGACGCGCGCGUGAUUUAGUUUGUGAGGAAAGUUUGGAAUAUUUCAUAUAAGGAUAAACAUAUUCUGGAGGUAUACCAGCACGGCGGCACCGCUGAGGUACUAGUUUCCAAGAUAUCGAACACUUCGGACCAAUCAGCAACCUGUUACAGAUGGGAGAAGUGGGCUCUGUUGACAAAGCGAUAUUCGAGGGUGAUAGUUAAAAUAUCAACAGAUAGACUACAUAGGCCAACUGACUGCGGCUUUUGAUGAACGAGAACACUCAUAAACGGAAAUCAAGGUAUAUAGGCUUGAAUACCGAUUUGAUUCGGAUGGGCCUUGGCUUAUAAUUCCACCCUGUUUUCCUUUUCGACAUCGAAUCCGACAUCGUCGACCAUGGAGAAGCAGACGCACAAGGAUAUGAUCCACUUCUGGCACGAGAGCGUGCAGGCGCUCGGCAAGGGAGACAUAGACGCCGCCCUCCAGACCUUCAUGAGUAUCGAAGACCCCUCGGCGAAGAUCCUCUUCAACAUUGGCCAUAUCGAGAUGAGUCAAUACCGGUUCAGUGAGGCUGAAGUGAACUUCACAGCUGCCAUAGAAAAGGACCCUCACAUGGCCCUUGCACACUUCCAGCUUGGCAUGGUCAACUAUCACCUCCAUCGAUACAACGAGUCUAGGAACAGUUAUGAGAAGUCCAAGACCUGUCUCCGUGGUAACCGUUUCAUAGACUACAGGCAGCUCGGCUUUGUGCACAAACUCUACGAGUGUGAGGUUUUGUAUAAUUUAGCCCUUACCUAUGCAACAAUGAUGAACAAUUCAGAGUAUGCCUUGGAGUUACUGGCUGAUGCCAAGAAAGUAAGCGUUGAGGCCAGACAUGGUCCGCUGAUUGAAAAGGCGCAGAAACAGUUAAUGAGCAAUCAGCUGUAUGAGCCUAUUGUGUUGCCUAGUAACCAGUUAUUCACCCCGCCCAAGAGCAAAGUUGCCAAUUUGAAAGAUGUGGAUUACCUCGGCAAAGCAAAGGUGGUUAGCGAGCUUCCGGAAUCGAGCAACAACAACAACGAAACAAACUUCCAACCUCCCACGAAAGGUGCGCAGCAAUCCCCCAACUCGUUCCGCCCCAUCGACGAUGACUUCUCGGACGAUGAUGACCUUUCGCCGACUUUCAAUGGCUCCUCCUCACCGACGCCCUCUAUGGUUGCGAAGAUGACGCACAAGGAUACCAUAGCGACGUGGUACGAGGGCGUCCUGGCCUUCGAGAAGGGGGAUUAUACCGAGGCUCUGAAUCAGUUGAAUGGUAUCGUAGAUCCAUCUGCCAAGAUUCUCUACAACAUCGGUAUCCUGCAGAAAUCCUUAGGGCAACUUGAAGAUGCAAGUUCGACUCUAAAGGAAGUGGUGUCUCGGGAUCCCCACCUUGCUAUUGGUCACUUCCAGUCGGGCGUGGUCCUUGGAAUCGCAGGGAACUGCGACGAUGCGUGGCAUGCCUUCGAGAAAGCGAGGGAGACCCUUCGAGGGAAGAUGAUUGACUACAAGCAGCUUGGGUUACAGUACAAACUCCAUAAGUGUGAGGUCCUUCACAACCAGGCUUGGGCCUACAAUGAGUUGGACCAACGGGACUGGGCCAGGAACCAACUGGAUGAGGCCAGAGAAUGCAAAGCAGAUCCAAGACACGAAAAGAUCGAGGACUCCUACAGGGCAUUCACUAGUGGGCGCUCCUUCAAACUUUAUGAGCUUCCCAAGGUGUUGCUCUUCAAGCCACCAAAGUCAAAAAUCGAUAACCUGGACAGGAAAGAUUACCUUGGCAAGGCUAAGAUUGUUGCCAAGCUUCCAACUGUGAGAAGAGGAUCAUCUACUCCCCCGCCUCAAACAUCCAGCUCUCUCGGCGUGCCAGUGUUAACUCCAAGAAGUAAAACACCAACACCGUCUUCAGCACCACCUGCAAAGGCCUUGCCAGUGCCAAAGGUUCAGAAUCUAUCAAGUCCAGUUCCAGACAGACAAGUUCCUUCCAGACAACCAAGACCAAGUCAUCCUGACACCCAAGUCCCUUGGAAGAUGCCUGUAGUGACAGUAGAUUCUCUGCAGACAUCUUCCAAGCCACCUAGCCGACCUCCGCCUUCACAGUCUGGAGGGUUCAACCCAGAUAAAUCACUGCCAGAGGCACCAGCACAAGUUAGCCCUGUCCCUCAAAGACCACUUCCUGUCAGUCCUGGUAGGAAGGUGAGUUCUGAGCUACCACCAAGUCGUCCAUUGCCAUCACCCACUCGUUUGAGUCCAGUACCUGAUAAACCACUUCCUGUGACCCCAGGAAAGAAGAACAGUUCUGAUUUACCACCAAGUCGUCCUUUACCGUCGCCAACACGAUUCAGUCCUGUCCCCGAUAGGCCUCUUCCUGAGCAACCUGGGAAAAGAAGUAGCCCUGAUUUGCCACCAAGUCGUCCCUUACCAUCACCAAGUCGUUUAAGCCCUGUACCAGACAGGCCACUUCCUCAGAGGCCUGUCCCAACAAAUACCAGUGAUUCUUCACAAAGCAGGCCUCCACCAUUGCCAAACCGUAGCAGUCCAGUUCCGGACAGGCAAGUGCCACUAAGGCCUGUUCCUGAACAGAAUGGAGAUCGUCCACCUGUUCGGCCUUUGCCUUCACCAAAACGUAGCAGUCCCCCCCCUCCGGAAAGACCACUACCUGGACCUCCCCAGAGAUCCAUCAGCCCAGAUCUACCUCAGAGGCUGGUACCACAAGCCCCUAGUAAUUCUGAUGUCCCAAGUAGGCCCUUAUCACUUGCUGAUAGACCUGUCCCACCUAGACCUGGUACUGCUUCUCCAGAACUUCCAAGCAGACCACUUCCCUUACCUCCUGGUAGAGAUGAACCUGACUUGCCUCCAAGGCCUGCACCAGUUGCAAGUAGAAUCAGUGACUUGAGCAAUAGAGCAGUUCCACCCUCCCCUAAUGCAGGCCGCAAAUUACCUGGGAUCCCCGUACCAAAGAAUGAUUCUCACGAUUUGUCAAACAGACGUGUACCUACAAUACCAGGCGAAAACAUUGAGAAUGAUCUCCCAUCAAGACCACCUCCUCCUAAACCAACCCAAUCAAUGCCAGAACUUCCGCCGAGGCCAGCACCCAGCUCUCCUCAAAGGAAGAUCUCUGCUGAUAGCCUUUCUGCAAGACCAGUUCCACCUCCUCCGGUAUCCAAUGCAGAACCUGAGCUCCCACCCAGGCCCAAGCCUGGCAGUUCCAACCCGAUCCAAGAUAGACCUGUUCCUCCACCCCCUCCAAGCUCUUCUCAUGCUAAUCUCUUGAACCCAGAGAGGAGGUCAUCCAGUCCUGGACUACCAGAUCUACCUCCACCAUUGCCUCCGCAGCGUGGCCCCUCCCCCGUUCCCCCUCGCAAGCAGUUCAACACCAACAACAACCAAGUUGCUUCCAACGGUGGAAAGCCUGUUGGUAACAAAGCCAAGUUGGUCAAGAUUGUAUCGGAUAGCCCACCUGUAGUGAGAAGAGCAGCUGCAGUCACGGUCACAGUGCAGAAGAAAGAGGAGAAACCACCUCCAUCGGAGAAGCCAAAGCCUGCAACCCCAAACAAGCACACUCCGGCUGGAAACCAGCCACCUAUCCUUGCUUUCAAGCCAGACCUCAAGCCACGCGCAGCCAAAGGUCCAGGCCCCGGUCAGCCAGGCAAACGUAAGACGGCUCUUGUUAUAGCCUCUCGUGAGACGGAUGUAGAGGGAGAGGUGUCCGUAUCAGAAGGUGAUCUGAUCACCAUUACUGGGGAAGCUGGUGACUGGCUGGAGGUGGAGUUCAAAGGUCAAAAAGGCCGUGUACCCCGGUCAUGUGUCAAAGAUUUCAGCAAGCGAGGCAUUUAGUCCAGUAGGAGAUCACCGCAGUCUUUCAUAAUCUCGGCCUUCUUAUGCCAAUUUACCUUCCUCGCCAUACAGUAUCGUUCCGAUGUAAAAUGUUUGUAUAUUUUUUUCUAUUUUUGUUGUUUAGAAAUUUGGGUGUGUUUCACAAGUGUAGUGCGACUUAAAGUCAUGCUUAGUGAUGACGCGCAUACGAUAUAUAAUGCGCAUUAGUCAUUAAUACGCAGUAGCACGCAUCCCUCGUGGCAUGAUCUGACCAAUGCAGUGAUGCCUUUUAUUCGCCACACCACUGGACAUUUAAGUGCGACUCUCGGUCAUACUUAACUCUUUGUAUAACAAUCCCAUGAGUGCGUUAUUUAGAAAUAGUUUGUUUUAAAGGAGAAUGAAUGAAACCUUUGGAACAAGAUAGCUUGUGUGAAAACAGAAAAAUCAAAGAAACAG